UCUGUAAUGCCCCCAAGGGAAACGGAGCUGCACAACUUGCACAGUUUGGAGCUUCCUGCAUCACAAUCAGCCAAAAAUAAAUCCUGGGCACCACAAGGGCUUCUGAAUGGGACACUGCAGGCACAAACGGGGGAGGGAGAGAUGAAAGGCAGGAGAAAAGAAAAGAAAGAAAGACACAGAGGAUAUAGAUAUAGGAAUAAGAGAGGAGAGAGAGAGAGAGAGAGAGAGAGAGAGAGAGAGAGAGAGAGAGAAUUAUAGGAAAAAAGAAAGACAGGUGGAGAUAGAGAGACAAAGAGACAUAAGCAUGAGAGGACAGACUGAGUGAAAGUGGAGACACAGACAGGCAAAAGACAGGUAAAUAAAGGUAGAGGGGGAGGCUACAGACAGAGGGACUCAGAUAACCAGACACAAAAGAGGAGACUUAGGGUUAUAAAAGGAGCAGGAAAAAUAUGGGGGAUACAAAGAGAGAGGAGAAGUGAAGUGGUUUUGGUACAAGCAGGAGGGGAAGAGAGUGAUAAAGAGAGAACUGUCAUAAAGGAGGAAAGAGAGAGUAUAAAGUAAGAGACAAAGUGUGAGAAUAUAAAGAGAGGGGGGCAAGGAAUAAAGGGACAGGCAAAUAUCAAGUAAUGGAGGAGAAUCAGAAAGAGAGGGGCAGGGGAAGAGAUAUAAAAAGAACAGGGGGAGAGAAGGUAGAAGAAGAGAUGAUAGGAGAGAGGACAGGCUAGAGGAGACAGAAGGGUAGCCAAUUAGCCAUUGGUCAGAUAGGUAAGAGGAGUCAGUGAGAGGAGCAGAGGAUGGUAUAGACAGUCAGUGGGGGCUGGAGUUAUUAAUGUAACAGAAAUACAGUAGGACAACAGCUAAACAGAAGCAAGUGACCAAAUAAAUGGGACAGAGGAGAGAGUAAGUGGGAAGGAGGCAGAACAAUGGUCUUAAAGAGACAGGAGCAGUGUCGGGGUGUCUGGGGAAGCAAUUCGAUGUAAGGAAAGGAGAGCAAAGAUCUAUUCAGGGAGACAGGUGAGACAAUCCAACUGGAGAAGAGAACCCGUCCCGGCACAAGAGUAGCGGAUAGGGGGCGCUGCUGAGCAGCCGGUGAGCUCGGGUCUGGCUGCAGCCGAUGAACACUCUCCAUCCCCAGCGGACUCCCCCCGAUGGAGCCAAACUCCUCGGUCCCGGGGAACGUGUCUGUCCCCCCUGGGGUUGUGCUGUGGGACGAGCUGCUGAUCACGGGCACCUUCGGGACGGUCUUAUCCCUGAUGUACGUGUCGGGGGUGGCGGGGAACGUCUAUACGUUGACUGUGAUGUGUCAGUCUGUGAAGUGCGGGGCGUCCAUGUACAUCUCUAUCAUUAACUUGGCCCUGGCCGACCUGCUGUACCUCUCCAGUAUCCCCUUCAUAGUCUGCACUUACUUCGCCCGGGACUGGUACUUUGGGGACCUGGGGUGCCGCAUUCUGCUCAGCCUGGACCUGCUCACCAUGCACGCCAGUAUCUUCACCCUCACAGGCAUGUGCACCGAGCGCUACAUGGCCGUCACCAAACCCCUCGACACAGUUCGGAGAUCUAAGGGUUACCGCAAAGGAAUGGCCGGGGCAGUGUGGUCCCUGUCUCUGCUCCUCACUCUCCCCAUGAUGAUCAUGGUCACCCUCACUGAAGGCAACGGGAGAGGUGUGAAGAGAAUGUGUGCCCCCACCUGGAGCCUGGAUGCCUACAGGAUCUACCUGACUGUCCUGUUCAGCACCAGCAUCAUGGCCCCAGGCAUGGUCAUUGGAUACCUGUACAGCAGACUGGCCAGAACCUACCUGGAGUCCCAGAGGAACCCCAUUAAUAAGAAAGAGAACAAGAGGUCCCCCAAGCAGAAGGUGCUGAUCAUGAUCUUCAGCAUAGUCCUGGUGUUCUGGGCUUGUUUCCUGCCCUUCUGGAUCUGGCAGUUGGUCCGACUCUAUGACAUGUCCCCCAAGCUCUCCUCCCAGACCCAAAAGUGUAUCAACUACCUAGUGACUUGCCUGACUUACAGCAACAGCUGCAUCAACCCCUUCCUCUACACUCUGCUCACCAAGAACUACAGAGAGUAUCUCAAGAACAGACACAAGAAGUUCUACAGGUUCACCUCAGCCUUUAGGAAGAGGGGCUCCAGCCUUCAGUGCUCAUCCUGGGGGCGCUCCAUGUCCUCCAGCAACCACUACGACUAUGGCUCUGAGUCCAUCGUAAUGACCAGUAUAAGGGACAUAAAGUGAAGGGCGUUUGGCCUUUAGACUCAGCAGAGGCUGAAACAUCACAGAAGGGACACCUGUCUCUGGGACUCGAUUUUUUGUUUCUCAUAUUGGAUUCUCCUGCCCUGACAAUGUGUUAGAACUCUGCAGCCAGGAGGUCCAAAGGCACUACCUCAAGGUGGGCAUUGCAAUAUUUCAUCGGGCACCAGGUUUGGCAAAUCCUAAAAGACAAUUCUGAUUGGUACGUGGUUUAAUAAGCUGACAGGCUCUGUGGUCUAAGCUUUUCUUGCUUCUUUGCCUUCUGGCUCCCAACCCCACGCACAUUAUUAAAGGAAGUAUGCAUGGACUGCUGCCAUCUUGGUCUGCUUCUCGGGAAUAAGGACAGAAGGACAUUUUUGUCCUAUGAUUCAUUCAUCAUCUCAGGAAAUCCUCCCUGAACAGACAAUCUGUUGAACAGACAAUAAUCAUGUGUAGGUUAUACAAGCAAAUAUGCUCCUUUUAGAGAAUUAAUAUAUAUUUCUAUAUUUAUUAUAGCUAAGGUUAAAUGGAUACUGUCAUCAUAUUAUAUCCCAUACCUAUAGGGCGUGCCGCCGGGAGCAGGCUGUAACUGAGCCCUGUAGCUCAAGCCAAAUUUUGCAUUUAUUUUGCACAAACUGCAUAUUAUAGCCAGACCCUGUAUCCAACUGCAUUUUUUAAAUGUGCUCUUUUGCCCUAGAGUGCUUCUGAACUUACAUCUGGGGUAUCAGUAAAUUGCCACUUAUUAUUAUACUCCCUCUUUGAAGCACAAAAAAUAUAUAUAAAUAUACAUAUAUAUUUAUUUAAUGUAUUUAUUUAUUUAUUUUUAAUACAGGAAGUAAUUUAACUCCAAACUUCAAGAUCAUAGACAGUAUUAUAGGUAAAUUCAGGCAUAUGUGAUGACAGUAUUCCAUUAUAUGCUGAUAUAUAUAUAAAAUGAUCAUGGGUCAUGACAAACUGCACUUUCUCAACAUUGAAACCACACAUUUUGGAAACACUCGAAAACAGGGCUGCCACUUAAACCCCUUUCUUUAUCCUGAUAUAGCCAUCAGUAGUAAAAAAAAAGGUUUCUCUUUGCUCCAAGAGACUCAGAAGUACAGCAAUAAACCUACUAGUAGACUAUUGGUACUAUCUGUAGUAAACCAUGCAGACCAUAAGCAAAUAGUAAAGUUACAUUGGCUUCAGAAAGCCUGAGAUUCAAUGGAUUAUCGUGUUUUGAGGAUAAAACUCCUUUAAGGGUAACAUUGUUGGAUGUGGCAGUCCUACUCUAUAGAAUACAUUAGAAUUUUAUGAAAAGCAAUGAGAUACCAAGGGCAUGCCUUUGUCAUCCACCCGGGAGGAUCCGCCAGAGACAGGACCACAACAAGCAAAGUCAGCAGAGACGGCUUGUUUAUUAAGCGACUCCAGCUUGUUUCUGGGGUUAAAUUCUCUGAUCAGGGAAAUUAUUGCUACUUAGAGGUUUCUCUUUUCAUAAAUGCUGGAAAAUUGUAAAAUAAACAAAUAAAUAAAUGCAAUGGGAAUGAUAAAGUGAAUAAAAAAUUAUCGAAUUACUUGGUCUUCAAGUGUCAUCUUUUUAAUGUUUUUUAAGUGCAUUAAAGCGUCUCAGCAUGAUUAUUGGUGAUGUCAUUGGAUGCUUGCUGCAAGGUCAUGAGAUUAGAAGGCAACCCAGUGCCAGAAGAUUUGGUUUUGAUAAUAUGCCUUCAAGAUUUUUAAA